UAAAAGACAAUACAGUUUUGACAUUUAUUGCAAUUUGUUAUCAAAACACAGUGUUUAGCUGUUUUCGUUUAGAUAAAACCAUUUUAUUUCUUUAUUCCUUCGUUCCUUAUUCUAAUGUUGAUAUCGGUGUUACUCUAUUGUAUUAAACAGUAAAGGAACAAUCCAUAUUACUUUUCUAUUUGUGAAAUUCGUGUGCUUAUUGAAGCAAUGUUUUGUGAUAGAGAAACAGUUUGUUUGAAGAGUUGAUAAAAGUAUUUUUUUUACAUCGAGCUUGAAUAAGCCGAUUUCCUGUUCUUCAACAUGUUUGUGAAGCCCGAAGAAGUCCUCAUUGCCAAUGCGUUCUGGGAAACGGAAGAGACUUCCAUAUACUUUGUCCUUCAGCAUAGAAAAGGCCAUGGUAGCGUUAAAGGCCUUUCAUCCCUUUUGGUUGGGACUAUGGAUAGUAUUUUCGAUACUAAGCCAGCCCCAUACAGGAUUUUACACCAAACACCUAAUUCAGAAGUGUAUUAUCUAAUAGCUCGUGGUAUGACGAAAUAUGAGAUUCUAAAAGAUUGGGAAUGGCUAUUUGAAAAUGUUUGUGAAACGUUGCACUCAUUUGAUAAUGAAGACGACAUCACUGACUUUGUGAAUUGUAAAAUUGAAGCUGUAAUCGCAGUCAACCAAGAGGAAGUCGAAGAUGAAGACUCCAAUGCCUUCAAAGUAACUUCUGAUAAAUUUCAACGGUUGUUUGGAUUACCUAAAGAUGAAAAACUUGUGAAUUAUUAUUCAUGUAGUUAUUGGAAAGGAAAAUUACCUAGGCAAGGGUGGAUGUACUUGUCAAUAAAUUACUGUUGUUUUUAUGCAUUUAUUUUGGGAACAGACACAAAAGUUUGUAUAAGGUGGUCAGAGGUGACUGAACUUAACAAAAAGAACAGCAUGCUCUUUCCAGACAGUAUAAGAAUUGUUACAAGAGAAAAAGAGUACCAUUUUAGUAUGUUUCUCACAAAAAACGAGACGUACACUCUGAUGGAACAACUGGUAGAUUUGGCAGUAAAAAGACUCAUUGAUGAUAAGAAAAGCUAUCGGGAGGACAAGGAACUUUUAAAUAAGUUAAGCAAAAACGUCCCUAAAAAAGCCUCAUUUCUGAAAAGAGACUUAGAUGCACGAGCUCAGUCGGAAGCGUACAGAAUGUUGUUCAGACUUCCAUCUACAGAGAAGUUAGAUGGUUCUAUCGACUGUACAUUAAUGACCCCUUUCAACCGAAAACAUGUUUCUGGGAGACUAUUUUUGUCGCAAAACUACAUCUGCUUUGAAAGUAAAGUGAAAGCCCAAGUUAGCGUUGUUAUUCCUCUGAGAGAUGUUAUUGUCGCAGAAAAAAUAGAAACUAACACAUCAAAUCAGUCGCUGGAAAAGGCAAUUAUUGUUACUAUGGGAAAUUCCUUAAAUAGAACCAAUUUUAUUUUUGCCCAAAUUUUGGAUCGUGAUUUCGUCGUUGUUAAAUUAUCGGAGUUACUGGCCAGAACACAGGAAAUGCAAGUAUUUAAUGGGGAUAGGGCAAGCGAUCCUCUAAUAGAUACGGAACCUGUUUGGAAGCCGCAGAAAGCCCUUAUGACGAUGUUUCCCUUAAGCCCGAUACCUGAGGUGAGCAAACGACAGCAGCUAAAGGCCAAAGAAUGGGAAGAACACUUUAAUACAUUUGGAAGAGGCGUUUCUAUGUAUAGAACGACAGAUGUUGCAAAGCUGGUUUUAGGUGGUAUUCCAGAUCAUCUAAGAAUGGAAAUUUGGAUGUCUUUUUCUGGGGCGUUAAAUGUUAAAGCAGCACAUCCUGGGUAUUACCGGUCCCUUGUAGAUAAAGCCCUACAGAAACAGUCAACGGCAAAUGAUGAGAUUGAAAGGGAUCUUCACAGAUCUCUCCCUGAGCAUCCAGCAUUUCAGAGUGAAAUCGGCAUAGACGCUUUAAGAAGAGUUCUAUGCGCGUAUGCUUUACACAAUCCUAGUAUAGGAUAUUGCCAGGCUAUGAAUAUUGUUGCUUCGGUGCUUUUAAUUUAUUGCAAGGAGGAAGAGGCGUUUUGGCUCUUGGUCACUUUGUGUGAAAAUUUACUGCCAGACUAUUACAACCAAAGAGUAGUUGGUGCUGUUGUGGAUCAAGGAAUUUUAGACGAGCUUACCUUAGAAUACUUGCCUAAUUUACAUGAUAGAUUGCUGCAGUUGGGUAUGAUGAAUAUGAUAUCUCUUUCCUGGUUCUUAACAAUAUUUCUGUGCGUAAUGCCCUAUGAGUCCGCUGUGAACGUCAUGGACUGUUUUUUCUACGAUGGUGCUAAAGUGAUUUUCCAAGUGGCAUUAACGUUGUUGGAGUGGAAUCAAGACAAACUUCUACAGUGUAAAGAUGAAGGUGAAGCAAUGCAGCUUUUAUCCGAGUAUUUGAUGGGAAUUUUUAACGAUGAAGGCCGAGGUGCCAUUAGAAAUAAGAGCUAUGACGAACAAAAACGGACGGUUUCAAUCCAAGUGUUAAUUUACGAAGCGUACAGACGAUAUGGCUGUUUGAGCACGGGCCAAAUAGAACGAUUGAGACUCAAACAUAGACUGCGGGUAGUGCAAGAGUUGGAAGAUACUUGCGAACGAAAUGUUUUAAGAUGUGUGAUUGGAGAUGGUUAUUUUACGAAACCAGAGUUACAGGAAUUACUUGGUCUAGUCAGAGAAGAGAUUAUCAGUCAAAAAAAGCAUAUCCCAGAUAAGCACGAUCCCAGCUUACAACCGUAUGAAGCUUAUAAAAUAGACUUCGAUUAUUUUAAAAUUCUCUUCGCCGCGCUAUCACCAUGGGGAAAAGGUGAAACGGCGGAGUCGUUAGCUGCAAGAAUAUUCAAUUUAAUGGAUAGUAACAGAGAUGGCUAUUUAAAUUUCCGAGAGUUGGCUGGAGCUCUUGGACUGACUUCUACAGCGGAUGCCAUACAAAGACUGAAAUUGCUCUACACUAUUCAUUUGCCGCCCUUACUGUGCAUGUCGGACAUUGAGUCUCCGGAAAAGAAUGAAUCCGGGGCAGAAAUCGCUUCUGAAGCGACUGAUUUUUUUAGCACAGCGGAGAAGAAUCUUGAAAAGAGUAUCGAUUCGCUCAAUAUAUUGGAAGAUCGGUCACCUGGUACUCCUACAAGUAGCAACUGCUUCCAAUGGCAGAAAACAUUAAAUACCCAGCCUUCAGUGGACAAUUCCAUCGGAAGCCAAGUCAGUUUUGUAGAAGGAUCCAGCUUAAAAGAAUGGGAAAACAAAAGUUUAACCAGCCUGAGAAAUCUGGUACAAUCUAAGGAUAGUAAAGCGGAAAUGAAAGGCGUGCCGAGAAUGUCUCAAACGCAUUUCAUUACUCUGUGGAAGACCGUGUAUGAUAUUUUCCAAACAGAGCCGGAAGAAUUGGAUACUUACCACGCUAUCGCAGAUGUAGGCACGCUACUUUUAGAAUUAGGCGAUGUAGGAAAGCAGUUUUUUGUGGGCAGAGAUGAAAGCGAGGAUAGUCUUGCAACAGCGGCUGCAGCCGCUUGUGCUCAAUCUCAUGUUACAGAUGAAGCUGAGACUCCAGACAAAAAUGGCAAUCCAUCUACACCGAGAACAGAAAUUCAGUGGUACAUCACAGUGGAACAAUUCCUUGCCUCGAUUCUAAACGCUCAGCCAUUAGUAGACUAUUUCUCGAAACGUUCUUCCAUAAGUGAUAAUAUAAAGCUGCUGAAAGGAAGGAAAAUAAACAGGUACAAUUCCAUAGUGGAAGUGCCUGCUACUGUUAAAGUUUAAAAGCAAGAAUUCGGUGACAUAUUCCCCGUUCCUGUCGCGGUAAGUACCUAAUUAUUGAAAAUUCCAAGUUUCAUUAUUUGUAUAAUUUUUGCUAGUCAAAUCGUUCAAUUCUGGAGAUUCGCUAAAAUAAAGUCUAAAGCUAGUCUGAUUUCCUUAAGAGAACUGACACGCUCAGUAGUGUUCAAUGUUCUUUUGCGUCGAAAAAUAAGGGAUACUUUUUUUGAAAUUCCUGGAUAAAAAGGGAAGCUUUUACAGUAAUCAGCAGUUUACGUGUUUAUUGUAAUUACUGUUAGUGAUGAUACACGAAUAUUUCUUUCACUAGAGCAAAUAUGUAUAUUUUUUAAUAAGGCAACUAUCCAUUGUGCAAUAUGAAAGUGAUUUAAAAAUAAAAUUAAGGAGCUACACGGCCGAUGGUGAUAAACCAAAUUCUUCAACAAUUGUUGACUUGUUGACAAGCUUGGAAGCAAGCCUUACACUAUAGUAGAAUUUCGUUUUGUUUGUGUGCAGUAAAGUCCAUUAAAACUAACCCUCGAAAAGUCUAAUAUCACCAUCAAGUACGAUAUGUAUAAGUAUUUUCUAUUUUAUAAUUGAUAUGGAAUAUCUUUUUCUCUCAUUGUAGGUCGUUUAAUAUGUUAUUAUAUAUUUGAGAAUUAAAUAAAAUUAAAAAAAUA